UAACCGAAAGUAUCGAACCCGCGGCAGAGCAUGUUGGUUGUUCGUAGAGACAGCAUCGAAGUCAGAUUGGACUUGGAAUUAUGGAAUUUCAAAGGAAAGCUUUUCUGUCUACCACGAUGCAGGCAAAGAUAUCAUUAGGCACGCAUUAUGUCCAUCCGCGUUGAACGACUAGUUAUCCGGAAAUGUAAAAAAGGACUGACGCCGUCAUUGAGGAAGAACUUAAUUAUCUGUCUUUCCUGCAGCUGAUUUGUUACAGAAUGCUACAUUUGUUGUUUCUGUUAGUUGUUUUUCUGAUCAAUAAUAUCAAGACAUCGCAAACACUUAAUGCUGCUAUUUUAAAGCAAAAGGUUUCGGCUGCGUUGCAGCCAGAAAAUAUUCAUAUUGCUCUGGGGGAUACAUCUCAAGAUAUUGUCGUGAUGUGGGCAUCGGGAAGAGAAGAAGAUUAUUUUGUUGAAUAUGCGGAAGAUGUUAAUAACAUGCAAAGAGUUAACAGUGAAAUGGCUGUUCUUGAAGAAUCCAGUAAAAGGUGCCUGAAAUAUCUGUAUCGAGCACACCUUUCCAAUCUCCGACCAGGUGUGAAGUAUUUAUACCGCAUUGUUGGAAAGUCUGGAUUUAACUCCAACCCAUUCGCGUUCACUGUCCCUAAAACAAGAAAAGGUAUUGUUCACACAUUCAUGGUUUUAGCUGAUAUGGGUCUGAGCUCUAAAAGCCUUCCUAUGCUUGCUUAUGAAGCAGCAACUGGGAUAUAUGAAGCUGUAUUUCACUUGGGAGAUAUAGCCUAUGAUCUACAUCACGAUGAAGGAAAUAUUGGUGACCUUUUCCAGAAGAAAGUGGCACAGUUUUCAUCUACAAUUCCUUAUAUGACAGUACCUGGUGAUCAUGAAAGGUUUCUUAAUUUUGCCCACUAUAGGUACAGGUUUUCCAUGCCAAACACCCGCUGGCCAAUGCCACCAGAUCAGUUGUGGUACAGCUUGGGUGUUGGCCCAAUAUACUUCAUCACUCUGAACACAGAGGUAUUUUACUCUGUCCCUGAUCAGCUUGACAAACACAUGACCUGGCUUCGGGAUGAGUUCUGGAAGGUCAACAGAAAUCGCGAGCAGCAUCCCUGGUUGAUUGUGCUAGGACACAAGCCCCUGUACAGUUCAGCUGUUGAUGGUGAUGAAGAGGAUACAGAAAGAGACUGUUCUAGUGAGGCCACCUGCAACAUCAGAUCCAAGCUUGAAGAUUUCUUUUAUGAGCAAGGUGUGGACUUGUAUAUCUGUGGUCACCGACAUAACUAUGAACGUACAUGGCCCACGUACAGGAUGAAGAGUUUUCAACAGAAUUACAAGAACCCUAAAGCCCCAAUUUACAUCACCAUUGGAGCAAUGGGGCAUGAAUAUGUCACAGACAGCAUUGUGAAGCAGGCAGUGUGGUCUGCUUUCAGCACAGAUUCUCAGAAAGAGUUAUAUGGCAAACUGGAGGUUCUCAACGCAACGCACCUCAUGUGGGAUGUAUAUGCAGCAAGCAACAAUGAAAAAGUGGACUCGGUUCUUAUUGUGCAAUGGAGUCAUGGAACAUUUGGCAAGCCUGGAGAAGAUGCCUAUGAGAAAAUGAUGCAUCUAAAGCACCUUCCACCAGCCCCACUGGGUUGGCAUCCUCAGUCAAAACCACAAGAGAGCCAGGGCUGGGUGUACGAUGCACUCUUUUCCCUUCCGCCAUCAGUACGUAAAGUGUAUCUGGGAACAGUGUGCUUAACUUUGCUGACCAUCAUCUGCUGUUUAUUGGCAAUGCCUUGUUUUCGAAAACGGAUCUGUAGGAAAUAUUCAUUAUUGGUAUGAAAAGAGUGAUAGCAAUAUUCAAACAGUGCUUCUCACAUAUUGUUGAAGAAUGGCUGAAUUUUAUAAUCUCUAUUUUUUUCAUUUUUCUUUACCGUGGUGUUAUCUCUGUUCAUUGCUUUAAAAUGAACAGGACUGCAUUCAACAAUGACAGUUGUGAGGAGGCAUGAGUGUAUGUGUUCUCUGCUAAAUAUGUAACAGCUAGCAAGUGAUAAAUGAAGAUACUUAUCGAGAAUUGAAGACUGAGUACCUGUGAAUACUUUUUCAGAAAAAAGGAACAGAACUGAAUAUAUGUUCAUAAAAACAAAUAAUGUUUCAUAUUUUAUUAUUAUUUUUACCUAUAUUUGAGUUGGUUGUGUAACAGGUUGCCAUAAAGGAUUUUUACAUUUUUAUAUCAUUCCACACCAUAUAAUGUUUUGUUAUGUGUAUUUUAUUUAGUGUAGUUGUAAGUUGAGUUAGAAAAUGAUUCUUUGUGAAAAAUGGGAAUAAAAUUAUGCCCUAAAAUCUG